UCCAACCCUUCCAGACCCUCCUCCGUAACCCCUAUUCAGUGCGGUCUCCGCGAGCUCAGAGAACGUAUCGACUCAGUCAAGAACACCCAGAAAAUCACCGAGGCUAUGAAGCUUGUCGCCGCUGCAAAAGUCAGGAGAGCUCAAGAAGCUGUCGUCAAUGGAAGACCUUUCUCGGAGAGUCUCGUCGAGGUCUUGUACAACAUUAAUGAACAGCUCCAGACGGAAGAUAUCGAUGUGCCUCUCACAAAUGUCAGACCUGUAAAGAAAGUUGCUUUAGUCGUCGUCACCGGCGACAGAGGUCUCUGCGGCGGAUUCAACAAUAAUAUUCUCAAAAAAGCUGAAGCGAGAAUUGCGGAGUUGAAGGAUCUUGGAGUGGAUUACACUGUAAUCAGCGUUGGAAAAAAGGGUAACUCUUAUUUCAACCGCCGGCCUUACAUUCCGGUCGAUAAAUUUCUGGAAAGCGGGACAAUGCCGACGGCGAAAGAAGCUCAAGCCAUUGCAGACGAUGUCUUCUCCCUGUUCGUCAGCGAGGAAGUUGACAAAGUCGAACUUCUUUACACAAAGUUUGUAUCUUUAGUCAAAUCUGAUCCUGUAAUUCACACUCUACUCCCUCUUUCCCCAAAGGGAGAAAUCUGUGAUGUGAAUGGGAACUGUGUUGACGCUGCGGAAGAUGAGUUCUUCAGGUUGACGACGAAGGAGGGGAAAUUAACAGUAGAAAGAGGUUCAGUGAGAACGGAAACAGCUGAUUUCUCCCCCAUUUUGCAGUUCGAGCAGGACCCAGUUCAGAUUCUCGAUGCUUUAUUGCCGCUGUAUCUGAACAGCCAGAUUUUGAGGGCGUUGCAGGAAUCGCUGGCGAGUGAACUUGCAGCGAGGAUGAGCGCCAUGAGCAAUGCGACGGACAAUGCGGUGGAGUUGAAGAAGACGCUGUCGAUUGUGUAUAACAGGCAGCGGCAAGCCAAGAUCACUGGGGAGAUUUUGGAGAUUGUGGCGGGUGCUAGUGCUUUAACUUGAUGAAUACAUGCAUAGAUAGUAUUCAUCAUGGCGUAUUCUGAUUCUUGUUUUAUUCAUCAACCAAAUUGUGUUUUCUUUGUAGGUAAAACAACUUAAAUAAGUCUUCUGGUUAUUCAUUAUAUAUAGAUAUAUACAUAUAUUAUGUAAUAUGCUUGUUUAAGAAGAGUUCUGCAGAUGAAAAAAACAUCUUCUUCUCGCAUUGUAAUACUCGAAUGCGAAUAAUCUUGUGAACAAAUGAGAUAUAUGCAAUGUAGUUUGGAAGCAGA